AAUGGUUCUGUCCCCAGCUGGCAGGAAGUGAUAUUGAUAAGAAGAUCACUGAUGAGAAUGACCACUACAAGAAGAUGUGUGCUGUUGAGACUGGCAUGAACAAUAACGCCUUUGAGAAGAGUAUGAUGGUGCACUACACCAGGAUAAUGCCCCAGGCCUCCUUCGACCAGCUCCACAUGGUGUCAGAGAGGGUGCAUGAUGUCCUCCAUGACUGCUGCAAGGACGAGCCAGGCCACUUCAUCCUGCCUUGUGCAGAGGAGAAGCUGACCGACGCCAUCGACGCCACAUGUGAGGACUACGACCCCUCCACCAUUAACCCCCGCAUCGCCCACUGCUGCAACCAGUCCUACUCCAUGAGGAGACCCUGUAUCCUGAACAUCCAGCCUGACACAGAGUUCACGCCUCCUGAGCUGGAUGCCAGCAACUUCCACAUGGGCCCCGAGCUCUGCACCAAGGACAGCAAGGAGCUGCUGUUCUCUGGGAAGAAACUACUGUAUGGUGUGGUCAGACAUAAGACCACCAUCACUGAGGAGCAGCUGAAGUCCAUCUCUACUAAAUAUCACAGUAUGAAGGAGAAGUGUUGUGCUGCUGAGGACCAAGCAGCAUGCUUCACUGAGGAGGCACCCAAGCUGGUUUCUGAGAGUGCAGAGCUGGUCAAGGUUUAAGAUAGAAUUGUGAUGAUUUUAAUUUCAAAAGAUGAACUGAUGAUAAAAAUAAAUAAAAAAUGAAGGUUCUGUCUGUAUCGAUCCAUCUACCUCCCCAGCCUACAUUUACACCAUGGUGACCUCAUCCUCCUAUCCGCAACGUCUUGUCAUCCACUCAUAAGUCUGUCUAUCAGUGAUCUGUGAUUGACUCAUAAGUCUGUCUAUCAGUGAUCUGUGAUCGACUCAUAAGUCUGUCUCUCAGUGAUCUGCGAUUGACUCAUAAGUCUGUCUAUCAGUGAUCUGUGAUUGACUCAUAAGUCUGUCUAUCAGUGAUCUGUGAUCGACUCAUAAGUCUGUCUCUCAGUGAUCUGCGAUUGACUCAUAAGUCUGUCUAUCAGUGAUCUGUGAUUGACUCAUAAGUCUGUCUCUCAGUGAUCUGUGAUUGACUCAUAAGUCUGUCUCUCAGUGAUCUGUGAUUGACUCAUAAGUCUGUCUAUCAGUGAUCUGUGAUUGACUCAUAAGUCUGUCUCUCAGUGAUCUGUGAUUGACUCAUAAGUCUGUCUCUCAGUGAUCUGUGAUUGACUCAUAAGUCUGUCUCUCAGUGAUCUGUGAUUGACUCAUAAGUCUGUCUCUCAGUGAUCUGUGAUUGACUCAUAAGUCUGUCUCUCAGUGAUCUGUGAUUGACUCAUAAGUCUGUCUCUCAGUGAUCUGUGAUUGACUCAUAAGUCUGUCUCUCAGUGAUCUGUGAUUGACUCAUAAGUCUGUCUCUCAGUGAUCUGUGAUUGACUCAUAAGCCUUACAGCCUAUCCUCAUCAAACCUCUAUCUGGGAUGAAUCACGCCGCUGGUUAAUUUCUGAUAGACAUGAAUGACUCCUGUCAAUCAAAUACACAUGAAUAACUGAAUAAAGUCAUGUUUAUCAACUGUA